GCCUGCGCAGUAGCGGAGCCGCCGGACGUGCUGUUCCCGCCAAUUCUUGUGGUAGCCCUGCCUGGGUUGAGUUCCGCGCUCCAUGGAGACGUUUGACCCCACCGAGCUGCCCGAGCUGCUUAAACUUUAUUACCGGAGGCUCUUUCCCUACUCUCAGUACUAUCGCUGGCUCAACUACGGCGGAGUGAUAAAGAAUUACUUUCAACACCGUGAAUUUUCAUUCACAUUGAAAGAUGAUAUUUACAUUCGCUACCAGUCCUUCAACAACCAGAGUGAUCUGGAAAAAGAGAUGCAGAAAAUGAAUCCAUACAAGAUUGAUAUAGGCGCAGUAUAUUCCCACAGACCCAAUCAACACAAUACAGUGAAGCUGGGAGCUUUCCAGGCUCAGGAAAAAGAACUUGUAUUUGACAUUGACAUGACAGAUUAUGACGAUGUGAGGAGAUGUUGUAGUUCUGCAGACAUAUGUCCUAAGUGCUGGACCCUUAUGACGAUGGCCAUACGCAUCAUUGACAGAGCAUUGAAGGAGGACUUUGGAUUUAAGCAUCGUCUCUGGGUAUAUUCUGGAAGGAGAGGUGUUCAUUGUUGGGUCUGUGAUGAAUCAGUUAGAAAAUUGUCUUCUGCAGUACGUUCUGGGAUAGUUGAGUAUUUGAGCCUUGUAAAGGGUGGUCAAGACGUUAAAAAGAAAGUUCACCUAAGUGAAAAAAUUCACCCUUUUAUCAGAAAAUCUAUAAACAUAAUAAAUAAAUACUUUGAAGAAUAUGCCUUGGUUAAUCAAGAUAUUCUCGAAAAUAAAGAAAGCUGGGAUAAGAUUUUAGCCCUUGUUCCUGAAAAUAUCCUUUCCUGUGAUCAUUUCUGUGUUAACUAUUUGCUUCUUACAGGUCGCAUAUCUGUGCCUAUCGAUUUGCACAAACUGGACGAAUUUGAUCCAUUUACCGUUCCAACCAUAAGCUUCAUCUGCCAUGAAUUGGAUGCCAUUUCCACUAAUGAAGACAAAAAAGAGGAGAAUGAAGCUGAAUCUGAUAUCAAACACAGAACCAGAGAUUAUAAGAAGACCAGUCUAGCACCUUAUGUGAAAGUUUUUGAAUAUUUUCUUGAAAACCUGGAUAAAUCCCGAAAAGGAGAACUUCUUAAGAAGAGUGAUUUACAAAAAGAUUUCUGAAGACAGAGCUCCUCAAACGAAUGUGGAUAUCUUCUGCCUUCAACCAAAGAUCAAAUACUUCAAGAGCCAUUUAAUAAAUGUGGCAGAACUAUGUAUGUGUCUUAAAGCUCAAAGUAAAUUUACCUUUUCUUGAGAAAUAA